AUGAAGUCCAUCACUGCCCUGACUUCCCUGCUCCUCCUUGGAGCUGUCACCGCCCAGGAGAUCCAGUCCAAACCCUUCAACUUGGUUAUUCAAUCGGAAAAGAAGGCCAUCAAUGGCCAAAAGCUUGCCGCCUGCCACACCGGUGCCGCUAUUGAAUCGCUUUGCCUGGCUGGUGGAUCCGGCUCGGAGUUCUAUCUGAACACCACCGAGGGAUCACAAGCCCCCAUCAAGGGCGACAAGCCCUCCGGAACCCUCGUCUGGAAUCUCCCCUAUAACGGUAAUCACCACACAGAGGUGGAAUCCGAACCCAUGAGUUUCUACGUUGAUCCUUCCACCAACGUCGCCAUGCCCUUGUUCCAGCCAUCUUACGACCAGCAGCAAGUCAUGUUCGACAAGGAUGGACUCAUGGGCAUCUACAGUUAUCUCGAUGACUCCGUCACCCCUCCCAAGGAUGAUAAGGUCAAGGUCUUGAAGAACUGGUAUGUCUGUGAGACCAACUACUCCGCCUACCAGUAUCGCACCUUGAACUGGGUUUUGGGCAACGGCAAGGCCAAGCCCCAGAACCCAAGCUGCGUCAAGGUUCAAGUUCACCGCAAGUUCCUUUGA